AUGUCAAGCUUAGAGAAAAUCACACAGUAUGCAAAACGAAUUCAACUGGGAUUUAGCACUCAACCAAUAGCUGAAAUGAAUGAUUUGAGUAGUAAUGCCAUAAGUGAGCUACAGUGUAAAAAGCUUAUUGGUUCUGAAAUACGGCAUGAAAGAUUUCAAAAAUCAGCCAAUAGGAGGAAUGCUCAAAAUUCAAGGGUCACAAAUGAAUUAAAGACAAAAGGGGAUCUUACCCACUGA